GGCCUUGCGGGCGGCGCCAGACCAACCUCGCAUAUUAUCUAAGCUGGCUGGUAUCCUCCCAAGGUUUAAGCAAGCUGGAAAGGCUCCUACAUCCCAUUCGCGGCAAGUGCGUCCGCACCACAUGGGGAUCAACGAGAACGGCCUUGGGGCAUGUCAUCAAGCGGUGACAUAUACCUUCGAUUCGGGCGAAGCCAGCCGAAAUCUGAGUCACCUCUUUUUAUGCCUAGCAGCAUGAGACGUCUAGACUAGAAACGAUGCUGUCGAGAGAGCUCGAGUAGAAUGGCAAUGCCUAAAACACGUUUCGUGUUGACGCUUUUGAUCGCGGCACUCUACGGCUUUGAGCACACCUCAGCUUAUGUGUUUCCAGCACUGGUUCCACCAGCUGCAGGGCAGCCGGUGGUGCUGUCAGGCGCUCCGGGGGGAGGACCUUGGGAAGCGCGAGGAGUCGCGAUAGUGGUCGACCAAAGCGCUACAAGCGUAAAACUUGAGAAUGGAACUCUGCUGGAGCCGGCACUGGGGGCCGCGCCGUCGGCUGGUGCGCCCCUCAUUCUGCUGACCAAUAACUACACCGGGCCGUUUGAGCUGGCAAACGUGCUCGUACUCGUUGAGUGUCAACAACUGGAGCUCUUCGAGAGGCUAGCCUGUGACGCCCAGCCCGCUGACUGGAUUUCGGCGGAUGGCAGCGUUGUGACCAUCCGGUCCUUCGCCCCUGCGCCGCCCCUGGGUGGCAAGUUUGCGCUCUCCAACGUGACGCUUUCCUGCAACCUCACAUCCUCUGGCGCUGUGGGCGCGGUGCCGCCGCGGACCCCAGCAUGCCUCACUGCCACAGUCAGCACCGACGACCAGCUGUUGUCCUUGUUGCUGUACGACGCCGCUGCUUGGGCCACCGCCGCCACCGCUUCUCGCACCUCUGGCAGCCUCCUUCCGUCCGCACCCGCGCAGCUGCCAGUUUUAUCGCCCACGCACCUGCACGUGACGCUUGCGGGUAACAUCAGCUUGAACGCAACUCGGUGGCGGGCGGCGCCGCCACAGCUGGUGCGGCCAUUGACCACGUUGUCCGGAGAUUGCCGGCUGCGGCCUGCGCCAGGCGGCCACGUGACGGCGCUAGAUCUGCAAGGCGGUCGCGGCCUCAUGGCGGCGCGGCGCGGCGGGCGGGUGCGGCUGCUGUGCCUGGAGCUUGUGAACCUGGCAUCCAACACCGCCGUCAUGCCGCGCGGCCUGCUCACGGGCGCCGUGUGGGCCGUGGACGUCGACCUGGCCGGCGGGUCUUUGCUGCUGGUGGACAACUGCACGUUGGUGAUGAGCCAGGAAGAGUUCAUGUGGCAGUCGUACUACAUGGCGCAGGUGCUGGCGAGCACGGUGGUGGGCAGCGGCGUGCUCAAGGUGCUCAGCACCUUCGAGGGCACCAUGAGCUCUACGGAGCUGCGCUGGAGCCGGGUGACCUCGCCGCGCACGCAGUGGCACGAGACGGUGCUGACCAGCGCGCCGUCCGUGUUCCCGAACACACAGCCCAGCAGCUUCAUUCUCAAGUACCUGGGCCUCACGCUGUACCUUACGAACCUGGUGAUGGUGAGCAACUGCACGGACCUGCUGGCUGCCGUGCGCGGCGCGUCCGAGGCGCGGCCCGCCGUGGUGCUGACCGCCUCCGUCAGCCUGGCGAGCUGCUGGCCAGCCGACGGCGUGGCGGUGCCGCCCGUGUCCAGCCUCUACCUGAUGGGACUGCCGGACCAGCCCAUCCGCCUGGACCUGGCCGGGCGGGAGGAUGCAUUGCAGCUGAGCUCCAUGACCGUGUUGUCAAUGCGGUUCCUCACGCUGACCGGACUUCCCACGCACCUCGCCGACCACGACGCGGAUGAUGAGCCGUCGUUGUCAACCUCCAUUUCAAGCGUGGGCGGGGACAGCCAAGGCUCCAGCACUGCCGUCCAGUCCACCACGGGCGCGAGCGGCACCGGUGCCACAGCCUCGUCUGCUGCUUCGGGGGCGGCUACCUACUCGCCUCUGGAUACGACCGGAGACGGAGGGCCGCAGUUCCCGGCUCUCGCCACCGCCUUCCUCUGGAGCUUCGAUUUCCCCAGGGUGGUGACGCAGCUGCAGCUGGAGCACGUGCAUCUGGUGCUGCCGGAAGCAGAACUACGGCAGUACGACGCCAUGUUGAACGGCAGCUCCGUACUGCCGUACUUCCUAAAACUGCGGCCGUUCUUUCAGGGCGUUCGGACAAGCGCGGAUGGUAACACCACGACGGUCACGGACGCGACAGCAGGCAGCAACAACAGCAGCAGCACCCCUGCCGUCGCCAUCACAGGCAACAACAACAGCAACACGAGCAGCAGCGCAGAGCCUGCUCAGCUGUGGUUUGCUAACCUUCUGCUGCCCGGCAUGCGGGUCUUCAACGCAACGCUGAUGUCCGAGGCUGGCGCCUACCCCGGUUGGAAUGAGUCAUUGUACGCGGCACCUGCCGCGGAUCCCGACGGGGCCAGUGGUGACAGCUGGCCGGCCUGGCGCAUCGCCGUCGUGACAGCCGUGCUGGGCGGUGCUGCGCUGCUGCUGGCUGGCGGUGCGCUCCUGUACGCCAAAGCACGGCGAGCACGUGACGGGAGCCCAGAUGAGAAAGCCUCUGGCCGCGGCGGCGGCAAGCAGCGGAGCAGCCUUGACGUGGAGACUGGCGGUGCCACGCGGAGGGGCACCAACGCUGGUCGCUGCAGCGGCCGUCGCGGCUCCGCCAGCGGCAACCCGAGCAACAGUGGAGCCCUGGUGGUUGCCGCGAAUAACGGCCGUCGUGGCAGUGCCGGCACUGCUGGUGUUGCUGGUGCCGGUGUUGGGAACGCCGAGUUGUGUGUCGACGGCGGCGGCGCGGGACGCGGCGGCGGCGGUGCCGGCGGCGCGGCGGGCGGCGAUGGGCUCGAGCGACACCCGCUGUACGACUCGUUUGACGACCCAGCCUUUGAACUGGAUUUCCUCAAGGGCGCUAAGAAGCUGUCUGUGGACGACGUGGCUGAUGUGCUGGAGCGCAUCAAUCGCGAGGCCGUCGAGUUCAACAUCACGAUGACGGAGAUAUGCGGCUCCGGCUCCUUCGGCGUGGUGUACGGCGGGCUGUGGAACGGCAUCAAGGUGGCCAUCAAGACCAUGGUGUUCAGUGAGGCGGCCGGCGGCGCCAGUCAGCUGGCAGGCCAGGCGGCGCGGCAGCAGUGCAUCAAGGAGGCGGCGUUCUGCUGCACCAUGCACCACGCCAACGUCGUGGCCACUCACCACUUCUACCUCAAGUCAGCCAACCGAGCGUCCAUGUUUGAUGACCUGCUGCAGGUUGUGGAGAAGCACCUGGACAGCAGCUCCGAUGACAACGUGGACGACGGCAGGGCGUAUCGGGCCAUGCGCGUGCCUAAGGGCGCGGUGCCGCAGGAGGAAGACAACCUGCUGUCAAUGCCGCCGCCGCGUGGCGCGGUGCUGCAGCCGCGCACCAGCAGUAGCGAGCUUGCGGAGGAGAGCGCCGAGCGGUCUGGCGCGGACAAGGCCGCGCCGGCGCCUGCGCAGGCGGAGGAGCGGCAGCAGCAGCUGGUGCGGGGGCCUGGGGGUCUCCAGCUGGCGAGGACGCAACCUCGGCGCCACCAGCCCACACGGCCGCGCCGCACGGAGCCCAAGCCGGCCAAGCCGCGGCCCAAGCCCAAUGUGACCGACUGGAGGCUGUACCUGGUCCAGGAGUACUGCGAUGGAGGCACGCUGCGCCAGGCUGUGGACGAGGGGAAGCUGUUCCGGCACGGCGGCUCGGACCGCGCGCCGCAGACGCCCUCCGCCGGCAACAGCGCCGCCCUGCCCCACAUCCCCACGGCCGAGGCCAUGCGUUUCGCUGGCGUGCCGGCAGCCACGCGUGCAGCUGCUGGCGCCACCGGCGCCGCUGCCGCGCCGGCCUUGCCCGCCUCGGCGGGGGCCGCCAGCCUGAUGGACCUGGUGCAAGGCCGCAGCCGCGGCUCUCCCAUGGGGACUGGCAUCAUGGACACAGGCUCGGGGCCCGGCGGCGCCAACGUGGGAUCCACCCGCACUGACCAGCCCAAUGCGCGCCUGCGCAGCUACCUGCAGCCAGCCGCCAGCGGUGCUGAGGUACUGGUGGUGGGCGGAGCUGGUGGAGACGGCGCUGCCGGCGGCCACGGCAUUGUCAGCAGCAGCGGCAACCGCAACGGAGCUGGAGGCGCAGCCCGCGAUGGGCUUGACGCGCUGGCGGCAGAGACGGAUCGUGUCAACGAGCGCGCGACCCUGGCGGCAGCGGGCGCGGCUGAGGUCGCCGUGCUGCUGGGCUCUGUCGCGGCGCGCCGCCCGCACAUGCCGCGUCCUUGGCUGCAGAAGUUGACCACUGGCGAGUCAGCAUCCCUGGACACCUUCACGAACGCAAGCGAAAGCAACUUGGCCUCAGCGGACACGGCUGCGCUCAACACGACCGACAGCAACCUGACUGUCACGGGUGCAGCGACCGGUGUGCUAAUGGGCGCGUCUGCUAUGGCCACCGCUAGGGCCAUCGAGGCGGGGACGCCACUGCAGCAGGCUGCGACAAUCGCCGUCUUCCCAGGCUGCGCAGGCCUUGCUUCGUCGGACCUCGCCGCAAGCAGCGCAAACCUGCGCGCCCCAACCUCUGCUGACGCGGAUGUGGCAGGCGCCAGCAGCUCCAUCUUUGAGGCCUUCGUCGCAGCAGCUGCUGCCGCUCAGCAAGGGAACCGCCCAGAUGCCAGCCCUCCGCACACGGCGCAGCUGGCGGUCAUGCCAAGCGAGGCGGCACCCGUCACCCAGGACAGCAGCGGUGGCGGCGGACCUGCCCGCGGCAGUGCUGCCGCUGCCGACCCGCAGCAGAGGCAGCAGCAGCAUACUAUCACACUCAGCGACGUGCCGUCGGGCGCCUUUUGCUGCCCCAGGCAAGGCAGCACUGAGCGGACCGGUGCGCAGGUUGUUGCCAGUGCCAACGACAUGCUGCUAGGACCUGCGGUGUCGUGUGCGCCUGCCGCGGCGGUGUUACCCAACGCUACCGACAACGCGGCCAGUGCGUGUGCAGCGGCAGACGUGGCAGCCCGUGACAGCAGCUCGCGCACGCAGCAGCAGCAGCAGCAGCAGCAGCAGCACCAGUACAGCCGUGAGCAAGAGGACCUACUGAUGCGCCAGGAGCGGCCGCUGCCAGCGGACUUGGCGCUGGUCGUGCAGACGGCACUGGGCGUGGCCAGCGGUGUGGCGUAUCUGCAUUCCCGCAACAUAAUUCACGGUGACCUGUCCACCAACAAUGUGCUGCUCAUGCGCACGCCGUCGCCUGGGCUGCCGGUGGUGGCCAAGGUCAGCGACUUCGGGCUGAGCCUGAGGCUGUCGGAUGGGCAGGACCAGAUCAUGAACGUCCGUCACGGCACGCCCUAUUACCAGAGCCCCGAGGUGGCCGAGCACGGCACCUGCAGCCUGGCCGCCGACGUGUACUCGGUGGGCGUGCUGCUAUGGGAGCUCUACCACGGCCCGCCGCCGUGGCGCGCCCGCCGCCACAACAAGAACAAGGGAGCCGCUGGCGCCGGCCUGGCGGCUCAGCAGGCGCGGCUGCUGGACCCAGCUGGCGACAUGGCGCAGGCGCGCGCGGCGGCGGAGGCGGGCGGCUGGGAUGACCCCUACUACCGGCUGCGGGCGUGCGACGUGCUCAAGAUUGCGCCGCACUGCCCCUCCGCCUACGCGCGCCUGGUGCGGCGCUGCCUGUGCCCGGACCCGCAUGAACGGCCCACGGCGCGCAGUGUGGUGAAGGCGCUGCUGCGCAUGGAGCGCGGCAUCGCGGUGGCGCAGGCGGUGUCGGGAGCCAUGGCGUCGGCGUCGUCGCUCAUUACCGGUCCGCCCAUGGGCGCCCUGAUGGCGCUGUCCCGGCCGCGGGUGCCCCCCAGCGGCGCGCUGUCUACCGGCGUGAGCGCCACCGCCCGGAGUGCGCUCGCUGCCGGCGCCUCGCGCAGCUCUUUAACUGCCGGCGGCGGUGGCGAUGGCCCAAAUGGCGUUGGUCCCAACCACUCUGCCCUGGAUGGCGGUGGCGGUGGCGGCCGCGUGGAUGCAGCCAUGCUUCUUGAGGACUUUGACGCCGCCGCGGCAGCCGUGGCGGCCGCAGUGGCGGCGGUGACGGCGCGCCCGGCGGCGGCGGGUGCCUCUGCCUGUGCUGGCGCGGCGGCGCUCGCGCUUGCAGAGUAUGAUGAUGACGCCCUGAUUGCCGUUGGGCUGGAGCCGUCGGUUGUGCGGGAGGCUCGUCAGCACAAGCAGGUCCCCCCGUCUAGGCGCGGCUCCACGCUGCCGCACACUAGCGGCUUGCAGCGGACGACCUCGGCCGGCUCCUCUGAGGCCUAUGAUCCGCUGGAUGCUGACGCCGGCGCAAUGGCGGCGGCGACCGCCGCCGCCGCGGCGGUGUGCGGCACUGAGGCUGACAUGCACGUUAUCACUCGCCAGCCCUCGCAGCACCGGGCAGCGGUGGCGGCUGCGGUGGCGGUGGCCAAGGCGGUGGCCAGCGUGACCAGCACCCUCUCCAACAACAUCCCAGUGCCUGCGCCCAUCUGCGCGUCCUCCACAAGCAACACGUUCUUUGGCCGCAGCACUACCGGCAUCCCGGCCCUCGAUACGGCCAUGGCUGCGGGAGCUGCGGUGGGGAUGGCCAACAUUACAGCUGUGCCGCUGCGGCGCGGCGCCACCAGCCGGCUGCUGGACCAGCAGCCCCUGACCCGGUCAUUUUUGCUUGGCAACAGCGCUGCCUCGUCGAUUAUGGUGGCCGUACACGGCUCUACCGACCCCACUGUACUGCUCUCCGCGGCUGCAAUCGCAGAUGCAGAGGCAGCGGCAGGUGCUGUCCAAGCCGCCGGAGCAGGUCACAAGCCGGGCGCGGCGGAGGCGGCAGGUGUGGGUCCUGUGGCGGCAGCCGUGGGCAGCAACGGCGGCCUCUGCGUGGUGCCACGCAGUGGUGCUCCGGCGCAAAACCGCUUUGCGCCGAUGGACCUGUGAAUGGCCUCGUGCGUUUUAGGUGACUACGUUUGUGUGUGUGGUGGGUUGCAGUCGCUUUCAUCAUAUGAUGUCGGUACCGCUUCCGAAGGGCACGCACCGUCACUUGUUGCGUAAUGGAACAUUAAUCGCGCCCUCUAGAAGGCCAGCAAACAGGUACUGAGGCAAUGUUGGUGUGCUUGCGCAAUUGUUUUCCUGUGCACGACAUUGAGGUAUUGUGUCCCGAAUGGAUGCAACAGCCGGUGCACCGCAGGUCGUUUCUUGUGAUCAUACACACACUGCAUGGGGCCGUUCGCGCGACUUCGUGGCAUUUAUGUAGCAAUGCGCGACCACCAGCGCUGGAACUGGUGGAUGGUUAAUGAGGCGUAUGUGGCUGUGAAAUUAAUGAAAAGGGACUUCAGAGGGACUGGUUACAGUGCCCUCCACGGGUGCGACAUGCCCCCACGGUAUUAGGGCCAUCCGUAUCAGGUGCCAACUGCCAAGAUGUGCGAUGCAGACCUCAUUCAAUCCUGGGGUGCUGCAAGCACGAUGCCUCCAGUGGACUGCAAUCCCUGGUGUGCGCACCGGUACCGAAUACGGGGUUGAGCGGUAAACUUGAUGCACGGUCGUGCAGUUCAGCUGGGGUUGUGUGGCUGUCGUGAGCCAAGUGGUGGGCGGACUGUGGUGGCGGAAGGGGGCGAUUGGAUGUCACAUAACACUGUGAGAUCACUGCGUACUUACGGCGGGCAGUCCGGUUGCAAUGCAGGAGUCACAGAUACACCUUAUUCUUAUAUGGUAACGAUUGUUUAUGACGUCCGCAACUGCGACUGAUGCGGGCUUCUACCGCGUUCAAACCAUGCCGUAAGGGAGCAGAGCUAGCUGAAUUGCAGGCUACGGCGUCUAUUCAUACUAUUGCUGUACAGCAUACGGUACGGUGCUGGAGAACAAAGCUUUCGAUGACGAUGCUGAGGCUGACGUGGCACACUGGGUUUGGGGGCCAGCGAGUUUGCUUCUGCAGGUGCGCGGGCAUGUGUUGCAAAUACCCUACUGGUUGGUGGUGUGUGUCCUGAUUGGUCCUGGCUAAGCGUCUGGAGAUGAGGCAUUCUGGUAGACGGUGGAACUGAAGUGGGCUCAGCACAUUUCCUUAAAAAUAGAGUAAACAAACUGCAAGCUGGUGGAGGUACUGAGGGACAGGCGGCAGCGUUUGGGGUUGGGGGCGCUUCGUGCCGUGGGGUGCUGUGAGACGCCGCGCUGAUGGGGGUGUCAGGGUGCCAGCAGUGCAUUCAGGCACGGCAUGCGCUUUGUUACGCCAUGCCAUGCAUCUGGCGUGGUGGGUGUCCGUUGUGGCUGUAUCGCAGCCGGCACUGCGCGGACCUGUACGUUGCACCGUCACCUCAAGGGGGGCCAGGGGUAUGUCGGGGCAUGGGGUGAUUGGGGGCUGGCACUUUUGUUGCUUAUCCCCCCCCUGGUCGGUUGCCACAAAUUGAAGCAACCGCAAUAUUCAUCCGAUGUCCAGGCACGCUUUUGCACGUUGCAUAGAUCGGCGGCAUAGAUGUGAUAGCUGUGAUACCGCUUCACAGCCGUGCCGUACACCGCUGGCCCCGCCCUGGCUUUGCAGGGUACGUCAGCUAAAAUCAUUUAAAUGUACUGGCUCAGAAGUGUAAAAAGCAUCUUCA